CGCGAUCCUCACACGGGCCGGUUUUCUCGCAGGACGGAGCGGGAUGCCUCCAACUGGUCCACAGAGCGGCUGAAAACUCUCCUCCUGCCUGUCAGGGUGGAGGGUGAGGAAGGGGCUUGUGAGGUGACAGAAGUGAGCAAACUGGAUGGGGAGGCCUCCAUUAACAACCGCAAAGGGAAGCUUAUCUUCUUCUAUGAGUGGGCUAUCAAGCUGGCAUGGACUGGCACCUCAAAAACCGGGGUGAAAUACAAAGGUUAUGUGGAGAUUCCUAAUCUCUCAGAUGAAAAUGACAUCGAUGAAGUGGAGAUCCAUGUCAGCCUUGCUAAAGAUGAGCCUGACACUAACUUGAAGAUGCUGAUGAAGCAAGAGGGUGCAAAAAAAAUUAGAGAUGCAAUAAAAACUUACAUCAGCACUCUCAAAACAGAAUUCACCCAGGGCAUGAUUUUGCCCACAGUGAAUGGUGAACAUAUGGAAACAGCACCUCAGGUGGCUCCUAAAGCAGAAGACCGCAAGACGGCGGCUAGCAGCAGUACUGCCACAUCACAGUCCAAAUCCAUAGGAGUCAAGAUCCCUACAUGUAAGAUCAGCUUGAAGGACACCUUCUUAACAUCUCCUGAGGAGCUCUACCGGGUAUUUGUUACUCAGGAGAUGGUCCAAGCUUUCACCCAUGCACAAGCUGCCUUGGAGGCUGAUAAAGGAGGGAAGUUUCAGCUGCUGGAUGGCAGUGUCACAGGAGAGUUUGUUGACCUAGUCCCUGAGAAGCAACUUGUUAUGAAAUGGAGAUUUAAAUCUUGGCCAGCUGGGCACUUUGCAACAAUUACCUUGAACUUCACUGACAAAGGUGGCGAGACGGAGGUGUGCUUGGAAGGCAAGGGCAUUCAAAGAACAAAGCAAGGCUGGCAGCGCUACUACUUUGAGGGCAUUAAACAGACAUUUGGCUAUGGUGCCCGCUUGUUUUAAUACCAGUUGCUGGGAAGGCUCUGCCUGAAGACUCUGCCACGUGGACUGAUAAAUUUUUCACCUGUCCUUUUCUAGUCUUGGCCCUGCUGCUGAGUAAAGUGGGAUGACAGGUGAUGAGGAAGGCCAUUGAGCAGCACCACUUUCAGUCCCUCACUGCUUUGUGCAUGUCUCGUGCUGCAGAGGAUUCUCUUACAUGUACAUACUUCUAUUGCUAAAUAAACCUAACUUAAAAAAAAACA